AUGACAACUAUAGAUUUUACAGCUAUACCAAACACAUCGGCAAAUGAGAUUCAAGAAAACGUUACAACACAUAAUAUUCUUGUUUUAUCAAUGAUAAUUCAUUAUAUUAAAGAAUAUGCUAAGAUAUAUCAAAAACCUAUUGACAAGUCAUUAGAUACUGUGCAAACUUCAAAAUUUCAUCGUACAUUUAGUAUGCUUGCUUUGCACCUAAUUCAAUGUCCAGAUCUUUCACUUGGUGAAUUAAUCAAUUUAAUAUCAUGUGGAAAAUACCAGCUACCUCAGGACUUUAUUGAAUCGUUUUACUCGGAAGUAUACCAAAUGACAAAUACUAAUCUAAAUGUUAUAGCAGACAUGUUCAAAACUUUAGAUGGUACGUCAUUAGAUAAUGGAUUACCAAAAGUACAUCAAAUAAAAAUUAUUAAUGGCAGUAGUCCUGUUGGCAUAUUUUUACGACGUGUAAUGGUAUUUUUUAAUAAAAUGCAGUUUUUACAAACUGAAGCUGUUAUAAAAGAAGUGAGAACUCAUUGCAUUAUGGAAAUGAAAAAAAUUGUGGGACUCACACCCAAGGAAAUAGUAAUAAUUGAAAAAGAAGACACUAGUCCAGAAGGUAUAGAAAUGGUAAAAAUAACUAAGACAAUCAAUGGAAUUAUUGAAAUGAUUAACAUAAAUUAUCAGGGAAGUUCUAAUCAAAACAGUAAGUACAACAAAGCGCGUUCUUGGUCUCCGCGACAAGUAGAAUUAUUUAUUGCACAACAAGUUAAAUUAUUGAAAAUCAAUGAAUCUGUUGCUCUUGAUCCCCCAACUCUACAACAAAAACUAAAAGAAAUUCUACGAGCUAAUCCAGACCAUUUUGACGUACAUUAUUUAAACUAUUUAAAUUGUUUAAGAGUGAAAGAAUACUGUGGAGCAGUAAAUAGUGUACAACACUAUUUCAGUCGUCAAACUUUUAGGGUUAUUAAUGUAGAUGAAAAAAGUAGAGGUUAUCGAUACACAUCUCUUAACAUGGCCAUAUUGAAUGCAUUUUUUAAUCAUAAUGAAGAAGCUAUAAGUUAUUUAAAAGAAAGUAUAGCAGUAGCACAUCAAGUAAAUGAUCAUGUUUGCUUACAGCAUGCACUCAUGUGGAUGUAUACAUUGAGUAAAAAGAACAAAUCAACCAUGUUGAAAUGUUCUGUAACUAGAAGUAAAGAAUUAGAAUUGCAUCAGAUCACUUCAUUUAGUUUACAAUCUAUGGCUCAAUAUUUGGUUGAAAACGCUGAAAGUCCAGCAAUAGUUUUUGAAGUAUUAAAGAAAAGUGAAAUAUAUAAUUAUUUCAAUGGUUUGACUGAUCUUCGUAUGACAAAUAACGUACAAAAAGCGGCAAUUUGGAAUACUUAUGGUUAUCAACGUAUAUCAACAAUACAUUCUUUAUUAGUUUUGGAACAUGAUCAGUGUAACAAAGAAGUUUAUAAUAUAGAGAGCAAAUGCAUAGCUAUGUGCAAUAUUAUUAAUGAUUUGAUAGCUCAUGGAGAUUAUUAUCUAGCUCCUAUCUUAAUUAAUGAAGUUUCUCAUAUUUUUCCAUACACACAUUGUAAAUUCUGGAUAAUGGCCGAACAAUAUUUAAAUUUCACCUUAGCUAUGAAUAGAGAAGAAUGGCCUAAAGCAGAAUUAGCAGCUAAACAAAUGGCUACUGUAAAUGUAACAGAAAGUGCAUUGCGAUUAGGAGAAAUGUAUUUAAAAAAAGAAGACUUUGUUGGUGCUACAAAUAUGGUAAAAGAGUUAAUGGAAAAUAAUGAAGAAAAUACAGUCUUAACUAGAUUGCGGGCAUACUUAAUUGUUUCCAAAGCUAAUGAAAGUGCAGCACUAAAUUUACUCAUGGAUGCAAAAUUGAUUGCUAUUGAAUAUCAUUUGAUGUACAUGACUGCAAUUAUAAAUGUUGAGAUAGCAAUUGUAUUGAUGAAAUAUGAUUUUCCUCAUAAAGCAUUAAGAUUAUUACAAGAGACAAAACAACAUAUUUACUGUGGCAUAAAUGUUUAUGAUAAAGCAUACACAGAUUUACAAAUCAUUAAAGCAAAAAUGAUGGUUAACAUUGUUGAUGAGUUUGAUCAUAGUCGAGAGUUUUUAAACAAAAUGUAUAGUAAAUUAAAUAAAAUCGCAGAGAAAUUUAAAUCAAUAGAAGCUAUAACUGAGUUAAAAGAAAUAACAUAUUUACAAGCAUUAAUAGCAGACGAAUUGGAUAUGAAACAAAACCGAAACAAGCAUGCAAUGGAAUUCAGACAUUUAGAAGAAUACAAAGUUCAACAGUAAUGAACGAUACAAUACAAAAUAAUUAAACAUAUUUGUAUACUAUUUUUAUGCAAAAUAACGAUAUUAUAUUGCAUUUGUACUAAUAUAAUAACUUGUAAGUUGUAACUAUGAA